CAAACCUAUCUUAAUAAGAUUUCAUCUCCUCUGUCUCUCAAAGUUCACAUGGAGACAUCCCUGAAAAUGAAACCCAAGUUGGAAAAAUUGGUUCCAGUGCUACACAAAACAAGGGCAAGGCAAAAUAACUAUAAGAUCAAGAUCAAGAUCAUUACUUGCAGAUAUAAAGCUAUGCAAGAAAAGAAGACCAACUUGUACCAUGUUCUUUCUCUUGAAUCCCAGAAUGUAGGGUUUUGUGAGAUUAAGAAGGCUUAUAGGAACAUGGCUUUACAAUACCACCCGGAUGUUUGUCCUCCGUCGGCAAAAGAAGAGUCCACAAAGCGAUUUGUUGAGCUUCGACAAGCUUAUGAAACACUGUCGGAUCCAAUCUCACGUAGACUUUAUGAUUAUGAGUUGAGUUUGGGAAAUUCUACAGGGUUUGAUAUUGAAUUAAGAAUGGAGGAAAGGAACAACAAGUUUCCUAAGGAAGCAUGGGAAGAGCAACUUCACGGAUUGAAACAACGAUCUCAUGUCCGAUUGGAGAAGAUGAACAAUAAAUAUAUCUAGCUAUAUAUAUUUUGAUUUUUGUUUUCCCUUUUAGUUUCAUCAAUUCAUGUUUUGCCCUAUUUCUAGUUGUAGCUCAUUCUUAUUCUUAUGUAAUAAUCUUAAGAAUUUUUGUAAUCCCACAUUCUCAAAUUAAAUUGGAAAUCUGAGUUAGAAAAUCUUUUGACUACAUUUAUUGAUUAUUUGGGAGCUAAACCUAGAAUGCAAUUAAUUAUUAUCCCUUUUUUUUAAUUUAAGUUAAAAUUGAAU